UCCCUGAACAUUCCCUCCGCAGCUUGUGUUGCUGCCUGUUUGAAAGCAGAUCAGUAAUCCUGGAUCAGAGAAUACAAAGGGACCCCAGAGCGUUGGUGAUGCAAGCACUGUGUCCAGUGUCCAGCGGGUAACCACAUGCUGCCUGGGAGGGGCCGAGGUGGGACAGGGAGGAACGUCCCUGCCGUGACUGACCCUGAAGACAAGCGAACGCUGAUACCGGCAGGCCAGCCUGUCUGCUCUGUCUCGGGGGCCUGCUGCCGAUGACCUGGGACACAGUGGGAAGUGCUCUCCAGCUCGCUGUGGAGGAAUGCAGCUAAGCUGUGAGGAGUGGUGGACUGUGUGACCGGGCAAACAGAGUGACUUACAUAUACUGUGCUUCAUUCAGGGAAGGCCACGUUGCUGCAGAUGUCCAUGGACUCGCUGCAGGACUCCAGUCACACAAUGUGGGGCCUGAAUGCUCGCUUGAAGAGCUUCUUGGAGCAGGUGAACCGGCUGCAGGAAGAAAACCAGCGGCUGGAGGCUCAGAUAGCCAGCUGGGGGGUCAGGAACACCGCGCGUUCCCAGGACUGGUCCAAACAGGAACAGACCGUCAAGGAGCUCCGUGCCCAGGUCGGUAAACUACUGAUGGAGAAUGCUCAGCUGGCUUUAGAGUCUGACAGCAUGAAGUCCAGAGCGGCUGCCAUCCAGGCCAGGUGCGAGACCGAAGAGAGGAACACCAGGCGUCUGGAGGAAGAGGUGGCUCUGCUCAGGGAGACCAAGAGGACGGCAGAUCACAGCAGCAUGAUACUGCAUGCAGAGGUUCACCGCUCCAUGACAGAGCUGCAGGAGAUGCACCGGGAAUUUGAGGCAGCCCGGGCUCUGCAGCUGCAGCGGGCCAGCUCCUGUGAUGCUCUGUUAGCGACGGCCACGGCAGCAGCAGCAGCAGCAGGAGGAAGGGAGGAGGAGGAUGGCACAGGGAUGGAGCUCACCCAGCUCCUCGACCGAAUCAGAGCGCAGUGCGAACAGAGCAGACUCCCCAGCCCGGGGGAGAGACACCUCGGCCUGGGCGCCAUCUCAAAUCCAGCCCCCGGCUUGGUCGGGCCUCCUCAUGCUGGAGCUGGAGCAGCAGCAGCAUCCAGAACACACAGAGGAGCCCUCAGCGAGGAGGAGGCAGCGUGGGCGCAGGUGAGCCUCGGCGGCGCCGCCCUGAGGGAGGCACGGGCCGAGCUAGCCGAGGCCAGGAAGCAGUGGCACUCGCUGCAAGUGGAGAUUGAGACCUUACAUGCUUUGGAGAAAGGCCUGGAAACGUCCCUCCAGCACACCCAGAGGCUCUACUCCAGCCAGCUGCAGGAUCUUUCCCAGGUGAUCGCUGGGCUGGAGAGCGAGCUCGAGCAGGUGAGGAGCGGGUUGGCCACCCAGCGUCAGCGCCACAAUCAGCUUCUCAACACUAAGAUGAGGCUGGAGAGAGAGAUUGCUACUUACCGCCGUCUGCUGGAGCGCGAGGAGGGAAGAUACAUGGGUCGUACUGCACAGCCGAUGGUUCUGCGGCCAUGGAGGUCUUCAGUCGUGGAGCCAAAGGAGAAUGGACUUGAAAAUGGUUUCAGUGACCUCGCCGUUACUCCCGACGAACCCAAGUCAGAGCCCCUCCCUGACAUACCUUCACUCCUCCCAACAGAAAAUGGGCUGAAGAAAAGCAUACUGUACAGACAGCGAAGCCUGGUGAUACUCACAGAGCCAGAACUAGAUAAGGACUUGCCAAUCUCCACUGUGAAGACUCAGGAGAUUCUUCAAGGCAAUGUGGUGCAAGAAAGCGCGGAGGGUCACGGCACCAUUGAGACAGAGAAGAUUGAUAAGGUGAUAAAGCAGUGGGAGGGCUCCUUCUUCAGGGGGAAUCCCAAGCUGAGGAAGAAGUCCGUGUCGCUGCGCUUCGACCUGCACAUGGCCACGGCGGACGAGGGGUGCGCCCAAACUAAACAGGACAGCCUCCCCGACGUGGAGGUGCGUCUCAUCAUGAAGAGAUCCCGCAGCAUCCCGACCAUCACGCAGUAACUCAGUCACCGUUGGGCCCGAGCUGACACCGGUUUGCGGUAACAGAAAUAACAUUUGUGCCGCGACGGUGGGCACGUUACCACCCGUCACCAUCGUGCUUAAUCUGAAUUUUAGCUGAUGAGCUCCCAUCAGAUCUCAUCUUUGACAGGACGAUCAUUAACCAUCAGGCUUUUGUGGUGACCAUUUUUAUAGUGUCAGAAAGACUUACAGUCAUUAAUACACAGAGGAUAAGUAUUUAAUAUGUAAAACAUAUUUCUGCGUCAUCAUUUUAGAUGAAGAAAAGCUGUCUUUGAACACUUUGUUUCAGUUAGGUUUCACUGGAUUAAAGACAUAACAAUGACUCUGCUUAACUACAGCAUUUAACCCUGAUUAGCACCUGGUACAGGAAGCUGAGAGCACAGGUAGACUUGGAUGGAUGGAGACACAGCACUAAGAGCUGCUGUGAACUACCUAAGAGUGGAUUUUCAUGUUUUGGUAGAUUUUCUGUGAGGGGCUGUAUGAAAAUUACAAAGUUUUGUUUUUUAUUUGUUUUUUUGUAGGAAUGACAUAUAAAAUUUGUCAAUGCCGCAGAAUCGUUCCACUCCAGUCUGCAUCUCAGAGCAGAGCAAAAAGUGUGUAAAAACAUCAAUAAAUAGAUCAGAAUUGGAAAAUUGAUGGAAGAAUUUGGGAAAUUUGCCAUUUUCCCUUUUGAUAUGUGCAUCGGUGACCACGUGAAAGUUAUUUUCCCAUCAGAUCAUUAGCAUUUAAUUUAGAAGACAGUGUUAGUCUUUAAUCCUUCCACCGUGAGGUUUCUGCACUGGGAGAAAAUUUUAUCUGUUACAAAAGUGCAAUUCACACCAUUUUUCAAAAAAACUUACACACUGACCAAAGAAGCCGCCUGAUAUUAUUCUGACUGAAAUAAAAAUGCAAUCAAAGUGUAAUUUAAAUAGCACUUUUAAAAUAGAGUUUACAAAGUGCAAAAGAAAAAAUCUGAGAAGGAAAACUUCUACUGAAAGUCACAUGAUGGACGAAAGAAUCACUAUGAUGGCUUUCAAAUGUUUCUCCUGCAUUAGGUACCAGUUAGUUUAACCUGUGGCCUAAUCAGAUUUUUAGGAGGGCCAUCUGAGAGCUAAACCUACGUCUAUUAACCAGCUGAUAUUCGUUAACACUGGAUGGUUAGUAGAUGGACAUCCAGUCCCAUCAGGUAACCUUUGACCGUGCAGCACACUUGAAAAAAACAGAACUUGACCCAAAGGAAGACCAAAUGAACAGCCCAGUUCUUUAUGGGCAGCCCCAAAGUGCUUUUCAGUUAUUCUGUGUAUAAAAAUAGAUGCGUUAGAGGCAGUACUGAGCAGGAAGUGCAGGUGAUCAGGUGAGAAAUCAAAAGGUAGCCAAUAAAACAGUGACAGGAAAAAUAUAAAAAGAAUAAAAAAAACACAAAU